GGAGGACAGUUUGGGGCUGCCAGUGGGCCUCUGGGGUCUAUGCAAGGCCGGCGGGGUCGGGGUGGUGGUCCGGGUGGGUUUGGAUCGAGAUUCAAUGAUUCCAGGGCGUCGUCUAUGUCGCGGCGGAGUCGGUCGGUUAUUGAUGUUGGAAGUGGGGCGGUUAGUCGGGAUGUGUCGUCUGAUGAGAGUGACAAUGAGAUUCGGGUCAGCAUUGAUCAUAUCAAUCUGGACAGUGAUGAUGAGGAGGCGGAGCAGGUGCUGGAUAAGAAGAAGGGAAAACUUGCGAUGAAGAAUGCGGAUGCUUCUGGGGAGAGGGGUCUACGGCCCAUUCGUGUGGAGAGACAUGAGCAUGAGGAGCGGGUGGUCAGUGUCAACAUGGAGUCUAGCUCGAGUAAGUCUGCCGAGCUUCGCCAAGAAGCGCAGGCUAAGGCUGCGGAGGAUGAUGCUCUAUUUGUGCCGGAUGAUGAUGGUUCGGCUGGUUCGGCUACGGAGACCGAGACCGGGCCCCGGGUGAAACAAGAGCCUACGGAUGAUGACCACGCUAUGGCGGAUGUCGCUCACCAUGCGGAUGAAGGACUGACCACCGAUGAUGGAUUACUGCCGGAGCAAAAGGUGAAGGUCCGUCGGAAGAUCUCUCGGGAGCCGCCCGCCGUCAAGGAUCCCAAGAGUUUACUACGCACUAAGGAAGAUAUAGAAGAAUACGAGAGACAUGAGCAAGACCUUGCGAUGGUGAAGGAUCUUUUUACAAAGGAAGAAAAACCACCCGCCGAAGAGCCGAAAGAGACACAGCCCGAACAAGUUGAGUCUUCGGCGGAGGAUACUGAGACGGCGGCGGCGGACGGGGCGGAGAAGGACAAAGACAAGGAAAAGGAAUCGGAAGAGGAAGAGGAAGAAGAUGAGUCGGCCAAGGACAAACUGUCCGGUCAACUAUUCCUGAUGCAAUUCCCACCCAUGACACCCAAUCUUGUGCCAGAAAAUGGCGGUGAUAAUUCUGCCACAGCAUCUAUAGAAGCUCCGGGUCAGGGUACGCCCCAGGGUACAGCUAGUAACAACGGUAAUGUGCCACAGCCGACGGGAGUCAAACGCGAAGACGGGGUGGAGAUUCUCGAUGAAGCGGAUGAAUUCCAACCCACGGAGCCUUCUAAAGUGGUCACAGCUACGGAUUGGCAGCUUAGAGCUGGACGCGUAGGCAAGUUGAAUGUCCAUGCCUCCGGGAGAAUGACGAUGGACUGGGGUGGUAUCAGCUUUGAACUGGAUCGAGCCACCGCCGUUGAUUUCCUCCAAGAAGCAUUGAUCGUAUCGGGGGCAGCCGAUCCAGCUGAAGGGGGAGUUCCGGAAGAGGAAAACAGAGUAUGGGCUAUGGGACAGCUCAGCGGCAAGUUCACUGUGACGCCUGAUUGGGAGAAGAUGCUAUGAAGCGGGAAGGGCAAGCGGCAACAUUAAAACCCUAAUAGACGUCGAGUCAUGAAGCGUGGUCUCAGUAUCCGCCCGCUAUGCAGGAAGGCAGCCACCCGACACUCUACGACUGUGGCGUAUCAGUUGAUUGAUCUCUGGAUCUGCAUCUGUAUUCCAAUGUAUCUAGAAAUAGCGGCCAACGAGAUUCACGAGGCUGACGAAUCAUGUGGCGGGACAAGACCUGACACACACGAAUGCUGUACUCUCUACGUACCGUACAUACCGAUGUGAACUUCAGGACGAGUUGAUGAUGUGCAAUGCGGCGAUGAAGGUGCACAAUAAGCUCCACGGUUUGACCUCGGGACAUUCCUAUAAUUAGUACAGGGAUGUGUGGACGACGAAGAAAGUGGGAGUUCAUUGGUAGAGAGAUGAUCUGUAUGUAAGUGUAUGUAAG